AUGGCCGCAAUUGUUACCAGCAUCUUUGGCGAUCUGUGUGUCAUUUUUCGAUUGUUAUCAUCAUUAUUUAUUAAAUUCUAUCGACGAAUAACACGAAUACGAACUGAAACAGAACAACCGGAAGAAAACCGUGCAAGAACGUCGAUUCGUCUUCUUCAAACUUUUCGUCUACUUAAAGAAAAAGUUCUAACACUCGAUUUAUUCGAAUCAGAUAAUAUUCAUCUUAGUAUAAUUUCCACUCGUGUCUAUAUUAGUUUAUUGCUGAUUGGAGCAAUUACAUUUUCAAUUUACACGUCGUUGGCAAUUGAUAUGUAUACUAUCACAAUACGUUCACCAACUCUAACUCAAUAUGAAAAUGCCGAAGUGUUUAAUAAUCAACUUUUUCCUGCUUCAAGUGCCAGUGCUCUCUUCACUCCACAAAACAAUCAAACUGUAGCUUUUUCGCCUACGACGGAGAACAAUAACUAUUCUUGUAGUAUAACAAGUCAGUGUAGUGGUCAACGUGGCUUUUAUCCCAUGUGGAAAUUAGGCAUGCCAGUUAAUGCUGAAGUUAGCGCGCAACUAGUGCCUGGUUUUGUCGGUGCAUGUUUUCCUGUUGAAGCUGGACUCCUCUCCAGUCUCGAAUGCAUCUACAAUCCAUCAUGUUUAGCAUUACUUAUUGCAUGGCGUUCUUUCAAUAUGACUGAUAUUAUAUAA